GUGUUGGGGCAUGAGGGUUUACUCAACUGACCCUACUUUGCUUUGCUCUAAAGUCUAAAGUAUUAUAGUGCCUUUUGAAACGCUAGCUAGCUCCUUUCUGCAAACCGAGCCUAGCCACAUAUUGUUUGAACAAGAAGCUAAGGCUAGCUAGGCUAUAACUAUUAUUAUUACCUGAUUCGUAAUUAUUAAUAACAAAACAUGUUGCACUGUCUGAACACUUCGGGAAAUCUAGAUGGGAGCGGCUCCGACAUGACAGUGAUGGAAAGGCAAAGGGCAAGGAUGAAGUGGCAACAAGAACGAGGAUACUUCUCUGCAACUAUGUUCUCUUCUAAUUCUCAGGAUUCUGAGGGGUCCAUCAUGAUCGCUGCUGAUUCCGCUUCUUCACUUGCUCAGGUUGUGGCUCAGGCUCACUCAAUGAAGCCUGACCCAAUAUUCCACAACUUUGAGGCUGGCUUUGAUGUCAAUUCUGCAAUUUCAAGGACUUAUAGCUGUCCUCCUUCUCUGGCAGAACCCAAAGGCACAGACUUGUCAAUUGGGAAAGACAGUUCUAAGAAGAGGAAAACUGACAAGGCUCAGAAUCCCAAGGUUGUUGCAGAAAAUGAUAACAAAGACAAGAGGAUCAAGGUAGGUGGUGCUGACGAUGGGGAAUCCAAAAUCACAGGCAAGACCAGCACAAAGAAUAACACAACAACCGCAGAUAGCAACAACAACAACAGAGAAACUUGUGGAGAACAUUCAAAUUCAAAAGCUUCCGAGGUUGAAAAGCCUGACUAUAUUCAUGUCCGAGCACGUCGUGGCCAAGCCACUGAUAGCCAUAGCUUAGCUGAAAGAGUUAGAAGGGAAAAAAUUAGCGAGAGAAUGAAGUAUUUACAAGAUUUAGUACCCGGUUGCAACAAAAUUACAGGAAAAGCUGGAAUGCUUGAUGAAAUCAUCAAUUAUGUUCAGUCUCUUCAAAGACAAGUUGAGUUCUUGUCAAUGAAAUUAGCUGCUGUGAACCCGAGGCUUGACUUCAAUAUUGAUGAUGUGUUUGACAAAGAGGUGUUUUCUGCUUGUGCUGCUACUUUUCCAACCAUAGGGAUGUCAUCACAGAUGUCUAACCCUUCUUAUCUUCAGUUCAAUUCACCACAGCAAAUUGUUCCGUGUGGUGGAUUAGAUAUGACGAUGAGCACUUCAGAUGUGGGGCUCAGAAGGACCAUAAGUGCUCCUGUAUCGAUGCCUGAAACGUUUCUUGACUCGUCCUGUUUCACUCAAAUUUUACCCUCCUCAACAUGGGAAGGUGAUUUCCAAAACCUUUACAAUGUGGCUUUUGAUCAAGCCCCAGCAACAUCCUUUCCUCAUCAGCUAUUCACUGGUCUAGUUGAAGCUAGCAAUCUAAAUAUGGACAUGUAGAGCAGAGCUCAUAUUACCAUUCGUUGGAUUAGCUCACCCCAGAUGCCUC